UUCAGUUUGUUGGGGACGACUUGUGUCCAGAAGUCGAUUUGGAAACACAAAUGAAUCGUUUAUUGUUAGUGUAUUUUGUUGUGUUGUGUGCUGGGUGCAGUUAUGGGAUGACUCGAGCACAAGUUAAAAAGACUAUGGGUAUCAUAAAAAAUCAAUGUAUGCCGAAAAACUCAGUAACAGAAGAACAAGUUGGGAGAAUAGAACAAGGAGUGUUCAUUGAAGACCGUAAUGUCAUGUGUUAUGUCGCUUGCAUAUACAAAAGUCUACAAGUGGUGAAAAAUGACAAACUCGAUAUGGCGCUCAUAACAAAGCAAAUUGACAUUCUGUAUCCUCCAGAACUCAAAGAGCCAGUCAAAAAGUCUGUUGCAGCAUGCUUCCAUAGCCAGGACAACUACAGUGACUUUUGUGAAGGAGUAUUUUACGCAUCGAAAUGUUUGUAUGAAAAGGACCCAGCCAGUUUCAUCUUUCCUUAAUGUUUUAUUCUACGGAACAUUAAGUACAUUAAUGUUUUUCGAAUUAAUAAAUGGAUAAAUAAUUUCAUUUUGUAAUUUUCAUAGUUUAUUGAUCGAGUAUAAAUACGAGUAUACUCUGGUACGUAGAAUAUUUUCAAUUCAUUCUGUUAGUUAUAAAUAGAGCUAUUUGU